AUGGCGUCGUUUCUGGAAAAUUCGUACAGCCUGGUCCACCAGGACAACUCGGCCGACCAGCCGAACCAGCAGGAGCUAAAAACGCAAUUGGAGAGGGGCACCGACGAGACAAAGCAGGAGACUAUGCGGAGGAUCAUAACAAUCAUGCUCAACGGCGACCCCAUGCCUGGGCUGCUCAUGCAUAUCAUUCGCUUUGUCAUGCCAUCCAAGAACAAGCCCCUGAAGAAACUGCUUUAUUUCUAUUACGAGAUAUGCCCGAAACUUGACGCCAGUGGGAGAUUGAAGCAAGAGAUGAUUCUAGUCUGUAACGGUAUCCGAAACGACCUACAACAUCCUAACGAGUACAUCCGGGGCAACACUCUUCGUUUCCUCUGCAAGCUCCGGGAGCCUGAACUCAUUGAACCCCUCCUCUCCUCCGCUCGCUCUUGCCUGGAACAUCGUCAUGCCUAUGUGCGAAAGAACGCCGUGUGGGCGGUAUCGUCGAUCUUCCAGCAUUCUGAAUCGCUGAUUCCUGAUGCCCCCGAGCUUAUUCAAACCUUCCUUGGAUCGGAGAGCGAUCACACCUGCAAGCGAAAUGCAUUUGCCGCUCUGAUGUCCAUCAGCCACCAAAAGGCUUUGGAAUAUUUGAGCCAAACUUUCGACAGCAUACCAAAUGCCGAUGAAUUAAUCCAAUUAGUUGAGCUUGAGUUUAUUCGAAAGGAUGCUAUUCAGAAUGCACAGAAUAAGGCACGGUAUCUGCGAUUGAUCUUCGAUCUUCUGGAUGCAUCAGCAAGUACUGUCAUAUACGAAGCUGCCACGUCCCUUACCGCCCUCACCAGCAACCCUGUAGCUGUCAAGGCUGCGGCAUCAAAAUUGAUAGAGCUUAGCAUCAAGGAAGCCGAUAAUAACGUGAAACUCAUCGUUCUCGACAGAGUAGAUCAACUGAGGAUCAGGAACGAGGGUGUACUCGAUGAUUUGACCAUGGAGAUCUUGCGCGUUCUUUCUAGCCCCGAUCUCGAUGUUCGGCGCAAGGCCCUCAGCAUUGCAUUGGAAAUGGUGUCUAGCAAGAAUGUGGAAGAAAUUGUGAUGCUCCUGAAGAAGGAACUUGCAAAGACCGUGGAUGAACAGUACGAGAAGUCGAGCGAAUAUCGCCAACUCCUGAUCCAAUCCAUUCAUCACUGCGCCAUCAAGUUUUCGGAAAUUGCCGCCAGCGUCGUCGACUUGCUGAUGGACUUCAUCGGUGACUUCAAUAACAACUCGGCCGUUGAUGUCAUUUCUUUCGUCAAAGAGGUCGUUGAAAAAUUCCCUAAGCUCCGUGGAUCGAUUAUUGAACGCCUAGUAGCCACCUUAAGCGAAGUACGAGCUGGAAAAGUCUACCGCGGUGUUCUUUGGGUGGUUGGAGAAUACUCCCUGGAAACAAGCGAUAUCCGCGAGGCUUGGAAACGUAUCAGAGCCAGUCUAGGAGAGAUUCCUAUCUUGGCCUCGGAGCAACGGUUAUUGGAUGAAGUACCUGACGAGAAUGCGGUUGCGCUCGAUCAAGUCAACGGCCAUACAAAGUCAGCAGCCCCGAGUGGAUCGCGUAAAGUCCUCGCCGAUGGAACAUACGCUACUGAGAGCGCAUUAACAAGUCAAUCAGCCGUUGCCGCUAAGCUAGAGGCAGUCAAAGCUGCUCAGAAGCCUCCAUUACGCCAACUUAUCCUCGACGGCGAUUACUAUCUUGCAACAGUUCUCUCAUCGACUUUAACAAAACUGGUCAUGCGACACUCCGAGGUCUCCCAAGAUGCUGCCCGCACCAACGCUCUUCGCGCCGAAGCCAUGCUCAUCUUGAUCUCCAUCAUCCGAGUUGGACAGUCUCAAUUUGUAAAGGCACCAAUUGACGAGGACUCGGUAGAUCGUAUCAUGACUUGCGUGCGUUCUCUGGCCGAGUUCGCUGAGAGGAAGGAGCUUGAGACUACGUUUUUGGAGGACACUAGGAAAGCGUUCAGGACUAUUGUACAAACAGAGGAGAAGAAACGGGCUGCUAAAGAAGCGUCUGAGAAGGCUAAGGUUGCCGUUCAGAUUGAUGACGCCAUUCCCAUCCGACAGCUGGCUAAGAAGAAUGCUGGAGAAGGCGCCGAUGAAAUUGAGCUGGAUCUCAUCAAGGCUACAGGAGGUGAUGCAGAUGUUGAGGAUCUGUCUUCGAAACUCAGUCGCAUUGUUCAAUUGACAGGAUUUUCUGAUCCGGUUUAUGCCGAAGCCUACGUUCAGGUCCACCAAUUCGAUAUAGUGUUGGAUGUGCUUUUGGUCAAUCAAACUACAGAGACGUUACAAAAUCUGUCCAUCGAAUUUGCAACCCUCGGAGACUUGAAGGUUGUGGAGCGCCCAACGACGCAAAAUCUGGGACCUAGGGAUUUCUUGAAUGUUCAAGCCACAGUCAAAGUAUCGUCGACCGAUGCUGGUGUCAUCUUUGGAAACGUCGUUUACGAUGGAUCCAGUUCCACAGAGUCUCAUGUGGUCAUCCUAAACGACAUCCACGCCGACAUUAUGGACUAUAUCCAACCAGCUCACUGCACUGAAACUCAGUUCCGAACCAUGUGGACAGAGUUUGAGUGGGAAAAUAAGGUCAACAUAAACACCAAGGCCAAGGAUUUGCGCGAGUUCCUCAAGCAACUGAUGGAGAGCACUAACAUGACCUGCUUGACACCCGAUGCAUCUCUGCAGGGCGACUGCCAGUUCCUUAGCGCCAAUCUAUAUGCUCGCAGCGUAUUUGGCGAGGAUGCACUGGCGAAUCUGAGUAUCGAGAAAGAGGGAGACGACGGUCCCAUCACAGGAUUCGUCCGGAUAAGAAGUCGCUCACAAGGUCUCGCCUUAGCCUUGGGUAACCUGAAGGGGCUGAAGGCAUCUGCUGCAUAG